UUUAAUUUUAAUGUGUUCAAACACAUUAAUACAUUUUCCAUACUUGGCCUUCACUAACCUUCUUCUUCCCUAAGAUUAGUUUUUGCACUUCUCUCUUUCCCUCGAUCGCUGCUUCUUCGCCGCUCAAUCUCUAGUUUCGUUCCGUUAGUUCUUCGUCGGAGAUACGAUCCCGAGGAGUCGCUCCUCGUAAACGUCGUCGUUUUAUUUCCCCCCCUUUUGUUUUAAUGGAGGGCGUAACUAGAUCGUCGUCAAACUGCUCACUGGGGGACUAGGACGAUUUGGUUUUCCGGCUACUCGAAUGCGCGUUGCCGACAAAUUUGUGUCGGCCGGAUCGCUGAGAGAAGACGAACGCAUUAAGGGGUGGCGAGAAUCCUGCUGCAAGUGGUAGCUGUUUGAUACUGAGUGAUUUUGUCCCAGCAACAUGAAUAUGCCGCUGUUGGAUAUUCAACCACGAACGUUGCAGUUUGCAGUUGACCUGAAGAAGCAGAGUUCUUGCGUGGUACAGCUAACCAAUACUACCCAUCAUUAUGUUGCAUUUAAGGUUAAAACCACAUCACCGAAGAAGUACUGUGUUCGUCCAAAUGUUGGUGUUGUUGCACCAAAAUCAUCCUGUGAAUUCACUGUCAUUAUGCAAGCUUUUAAAGAACCACCUCCAGAUAUGGUUUGCAAAGACAAAUUCUUAAUCCAGAGUACUGCUGUAUCUGCGGAAACAACUGAUGAAGACAUCACAGCUAGCAUGUUUUCGAAAGCGGAAGGCAAACACAUCGAGGAGAACAAACUCAGAGUCACUCUUGUGCCGCCGUCUGACUCACCUGAACUAUCUCCAAUCAAUACACCGAAGCAGGAAGCAGGGUUUAAAGAUUCCAUCCUCAAGGAUCGUUUAUAUAGCCAGUCAGAGACCCUAGCUCCGCCACAAUAUGAGGGUGAGAUUGCAAAAGAGCCUAGGAUGGUUGGACAUGAUGACUUAAAGGCAGCCGGCAAUGCAAAGGAGUUAAAGACACCAAAAAUGGCCACCGUGGAUUUUAUGGAAGAUCGAUAUACUGCUAAUGACUUGAAGGCAACUAAAGAUAGCUACGAUUCAUCGAGGAUGGCAAAAGAAACUGGAUUCGAUCCAAUUAGGUCUCAUAAGGAUGCAGAUGAUGCAAAUAAUUUGGACGCUCCCAUGAAGAAGGCCAUGGAUCUACAUAGGGAUCAAGGGUUUACUAAUGGAAUAGCUUCAGUUGACAGUGCAACCUAUUCCGAUGAGCCAAAGGUACCUAAGGAGAGAGAUGUUGUCCAGCUGCAGAAAACAGAUGGCCAGAAUGCCAGAGGAUUGGAUGAACUUAAGUUGGUUAAAGACAUUGAGGAGAUGAAGCUGAAAGUGGAUGCUGUUGAAUCCAAGUUAAAACAGGCUGAUUCAACCAUUUCAAAGCUAAUGGAGGAGCGAUCGAUAAGCUCCCAACACAGACAAAGCUUGCAACAUGAGCUGGCGGAACUGAGAACGAAGAAGAUAGUGAAAGAAGUGCACAAUGGGUUCCCUCUGCUGUAUGUAUGCGUUGUGGCAUUCAUCAGCUAUGUUAUCGGGUACUGUCUGCGCACUUGACUACUCGCUCGGUCUCAAUAUCAUAUCAAGUGUGCAGUCGGGAUAUAUAGACAAAGAAGGUAAAAGGGUUAGUUUUGUCUGUUUGGGUUUGCUUUGUGGGAGGGGAUGAAUGAUUUUUCUCCGACACAUUUAAGAUGGAAUAUGAUAGACUGUAUAGCAUUGGUGUUAGUUAACACAAAGGACAUAUAUGGUAUGAUUAUAUGCUUUGUUUCUCUGCUUCUUUUACUAAUUUGAAGCAGUUUGUUGGAUUUGUCUCUUCUGA